AUGCCCGUCCUGGCGGGCAAGCCUCCGCCGAGGGCGCCGCCCGAGCUCGGUGGCCGGCAGCCCACGCGGUCCUGGAACAAGCAGGCGCGCGUCUUUGCCGAGUACUACCUGGGGCUCUUCAAGCCGUGGGGCCAGUCCGUGCCCGCCGGCGCCACCGCGGCCGGCGGGCCCGUGGCGGAGUGGGACGCCUACGUCGCCGCGCUGCAGCGGGCGGCGAGCGCACCGCCCGGCGAGGGCGACGCCGACGCGGCCUUUGCGCGCCAGCUGGCCGCCGGCCGCCUCUUCCUCAUCGACACGGUCAUGAACUCGCUCCGUGUCGACUCGCAGCUCGGAGCGAUGGCGCAAAAGUUUCGCAACCGCAGCGGCCAGAUCUGGAGGGAGAUGCGCGGCGCCGAUGCGGCCGCGGCCGCCGACGAUCUGACGGCGGCAGCAAACGGCCAGGUUGACGCCGAGACUGCAGCGGCGAUCCGGGAGACGUCGUCUCGCGUGGCGGCGGCUGGCCUGCGCGCCGACGAGCGCGACAAGCGGUUGGCGGCGGCGUCGAAGCGGGAGGGCGCGGCCAAGCUCCUCGGAGCUGCCAUGAGCCGGCUGUGCCCCAUUGGCGACGCCGCGCCCGGCGCUGCGGCGGCGGUGCCGCCGCAGCUCCACCGGUCGACGUGGCUGCGCCGCGGGGGGGCGCUGCACGUCCCCGCGCCCACGAGACCCAUCGAGGCGCUGCGGGAGCGCCUCAAGCAGCGGGAGCCAGCGGCGGAUGCAGGGGCGGGGGGGGGCGCUGAGCCAGACGGCCCGGGCCAGGCAGCGGGGUGGGGCGGCGGUGGCGGCGGCGGCGGCGGUGGCGGCGGUGGCGGCGGCGACGCGCCUGUGUGGCCGCCGCCGGAGCUGGACGAACUGGCGUGGGGCGACUUUGACCGGGAGAAGGCGGGGUGGAAGGCUCUCUACGAUCCGCCCCAGCCCGGCGCGCCGCAGCCGCCGCCGAUGCGGCCGCUCAACCCCGAGCAGCGGUCGGCGCUGCACACGAUCCUGUCGACUCUGCGGCUGCGGAGGCAGCAUCUCGACUCUGGCCGCAGCCGCGCCGAGGCGAGGCAGCUGGUCCGCGCAGCCAAUCUCUCGUUCUACAUUCUGCUGCAGGGGCAGGGCGGCACCGGCAAGUCGGCCGUGGUGGAGGCGCUCGAGGCGCUGAUGGCGCGCUUCCAUCUCGGGCGGAUCCUCAAGACGGGGUACACGGGCGUGUCGGUGGCGCCGCACCGCGGCGUCACGCUGCACUCGCUCUGCGGGCUCAACGCCAAGCGGAAGGGCGGCGGCACGGCCAUCGACCCCAAUUCUGCCCGGCAGAAGCUCGAGGGGCUCAUCGGCGACCCCGACGAGAUUGGCCUCCUCUUCAUCGAGGAGGGCUCCUUCCUCGGCGAGGGCUUCUUCAAGAUCGUCGACAAGCGGCUGAGGCUUCUCUUCGGCUGCCUGGACGACGCGUGCAAGACCGAGCCCUUUGGCGGCCUGCCCGUGCUCAUGGGCGCCGACAUGUGGCAGCUAUCGCCGUGCAGGGCGACCGCCAUGUACAAGGACCUCGUCGAUCGCGACGUCGGGGGCAUGGCCAGGCCCGCUCUCCCCGCCCGCAACGGCGACGAGGUUGACGUGGAGGACGGCGUCGACCUCUUCCGCCUCUUCCAGCGGCUGCGCCUCGAGCGCUCGAUGCGCGCGGCUGGCGACCAGCGCUUUGCGGCGGACCUGGGCCAGAUGCGCCGCACGACUGUGGAGCAGCCGGUCCCGAGCCGGCUCGUGGACGACCUCCGCGACAUCAGCCCCGCCGAUGUGCAGGAGGACCCCUCGUGGCUGGCGGCGCCGCUGAUGGUGCUGACAAAGUACAAGCGCGACUUCUUCAACGACCUGAGGGGCAGGGCGCUCGCCCGCGCGACCGGCUCCCUGUUCGUGCGGUGGCCCACCACGCUGCGCGGCAAGCAGGCCGAGACCAUCGACGCGGCGCACCUCGCCUCGGCGCGCUCCCACGAGCCGGGCCUCUGGGAGUACUUUGUCGCUGGCGCCCCGUGCAUGAUCACCGACAACAUCAACCCCGGCAAGGGCAUCGCCAACGGGACGGAGGCGUUCUACCACUCGCUCUCCUUUGAGUCGGGGCAAGUGCCUCCCCAGCUCGAGGCGGCGCUCACGCAGGGCGGCUACGCCGAGGUCACGCUGGACGCGCCGCCGCUCUCGGUGAAUGUCGCCGUGCGCGGCCGCGACUGCCGCCUCUCGGACGACGAGACGCUCGUGCCCGGCCUCGUCGACGACGGCUUCGAGGCGGCGCCGACGCCGACGGGCCCUCGGCCGGGCAAGGAGCACCGCGACGGCGCCUCCGGGCGUGGCUACUACAGCAUCGAGCCCGAGCCGCUGUCCGUGCAGCCGGUUGAGUUGUCGAUGAACGUGGGCAAGGAUACGCCACUUGUCGUGGUUAGAGCGUUGAGUGUGGCGAUGACGAGCACGGUUGGCGACUCGUGCGGCAUCGUGGCGUGUGCUGCGGUAAACUUGCUGCUUGCUGCGGUCGGUCAGUGGUUCACCAUCAAUCUGGACGAGUGCAUCCACCGCGACCAUAUCGCCGCAGCGCGGCGCGCCCUCGGGCUGGGAUCGCUGGGAUCGUCGACCGUGAUCGAGACCGAGCAGGUGAUCCAGCUCGUCGGGAAGCGUUAUUUCGCUCGGUUUGCGUUAUCCGAGGCCGGCGGGAGCGGGGAUGUGCGCGAUGCGAUGGGGGCCCUUAAGUGCCGCGUGGAGAGGGACGUGGCCGUCGUCUCGCUAGAUGGCCUCCUCGCAGGCGUGUUGGAACGCCGCGGUGGAGGCGCCGGAGCCAGCCCGUCGGUCUACAUCGUGAACACCGGCAUGUCGAGCAGCGUCGGCCAGGACAACCACUGGUUUACCGUCGCGUUGGAGUUUUGA